AAUUUUUCAUUUCUUUUCUUCAGACUUUAUCGUGAAGCAUUAAAACAAGCAGCCGUAGAUCCAAAAACAGGUCGUGUUGAUGUUGCAAUUUUAACAACAGGUAUUAGUGCUGGUGAACGUCGUCUUCGUGCUGAUCUUGCUCAAAUACUUAAACGUUAUCUUAAAGAACGUAAAUCAACAUUAAGUACAGGAGCAAUUAAAAAAGAUACAUUAUUCAAUGAAAUUCGUGAACGAAAUGAUGAACGUAUAACACGUGAUAUGUUUGAUGAUGCUAUUCGAGCAUUAGAAGAAGAAAAUUUUCUUGUUGCAACUCAUCAUACAAUACGAAUUGUUACAUUAGGUGAAUCAAAUUUUGAUUAA